AAACACGUGAUUUUAUAUUUACUCAUUUGUAAUUUCUAGCAGCGUUCAAAAACAAUUUUGAACAAAACGUUAGAAAAUGUGUUAAUGGCUUACGCGGAUACUUGUUCAGCGAAAAAAGAAGAAAAUAAAUAUGUUCAUCGACAUGUACCUACAGGAGAAAACUUAAAUCUCAAAUGUCCAGCCUCGGAAAAUGUACGAAUACUUUUAUUUAAAGAAUGUCCAUUAAGUGAUAGAGAGUUAAUUUUUGACUCUAAUUUGACAAAAAUCCAAAAUUGUAUAACUAAUAAUGAAAAAAAUAAUUCAGAAGAACUGUCCAAUUUGACGGAAUUGAUUUUUGGCUCUGCUGCUAUGAAGUAUCAAGAAACUUAUUAUAAGAUACACGAUAUAUCUUCUCCGCAACAAAUUAUUUUUACUCAGGUUUUUUCCUCUCCCAAGAAGUUUCGACCAAAUAAAACAUCUAGUAAUCAACCUAGUACCAGUUUUCUUUCUAAUGCAAGUUUACAAGACUAUAAUAGUUCAUUUGCCAGCUCAAUAUCUCAAGCAUCACUCAGCUCAAAAUCAUCCAACUCCUUCUCAUUAAUUUUGAGAAAUAAUUCAACAGCUACAACGAUCGAUUCAGGAUUUUCUGACUUCUCCAGCAACUCUUCACUAAAUAGAUCAUAUGAAAGUUUUGCCAGAAGAAGGAGCACAUGCGGAUCAUUUUUCAGCGAUUCGGAAUCCUCAAAGAGCUUAGCACUGAAUUUCAAUAACAUCAGAUUAGGAUUGGCAUUGAUUUUACAUAAGCCGGAGAAAAAUCCGUUAACAAAAAAUCUGUAUAUCCAAAAUAUACCCAUUAUAGAAUCGAUUUUAUGGAGAGUUCGACAAUAUGUGGAGAUCGCUCUCAACUCUCCCAGAUUAUUUUUAUCUACUAUGAUUGAAAUAUCAGUAUUGAGUGCAAAAUGGUUAACGAAAGAAUUAAAUUUUUGGACGAAAACCGAAUCCGUAAUACACCAAAGUUAUUAUGGAACUCUAAUGAGUAUUUUCAAAAAUCGAUUUCCGAGAAGUUUAUUUUUCAAAUACGAUGAACAAGACGAGAAAUUUGAAAGUUUCUGUCAAACUGUACAAGAAUUGGAACGAAAAGAAACUAAUUUCUUUCUGAGCACACUUCUAACAGCAGUGUUAACCCAUCAUACCGGAUGGAUUGCUACUUGUUACCACUUGGAAAACUUGUCUGUUAAUGAAUCGUAUCACGUAGUUUGGAAACAAUUAACGAACUUAUAUGGAGCAACGGGUUACUUGACGAAAACAUCAAAAACUGUAAUAUAUGGAUUAAAAAAUGAAAAUACCAUUAAGAAAGUCUUAAACUUUAUACAAUAUUUUAUGAGGUUCUUCAAAAUAGAAAGACGAUAUAUUGAACGAAGCAAUAUCAUUGAGGAAAAUAAAAUUGUGGAUGAAAUUUGUACUAAAGUGCGCCAGGAUAGCAUUCCAAACGAAUUUCCAAUGUUGAGAAAAUCAGGACUUUUAAGGACAAAAACGAAUGAAGUGGAUCUUACAAAAUUAGUUGACGAUGAAAAUAAGAGGAGAAGUAUAUGUAAAUCGAAAGCUGUUAAUCGCGAACUAAGUGCUCUAAAUGAAGAAUCUGAUUUAAACUAUGAAGAAUUUGACGAUAAACCAGUUUUAUUCAUAUUGGGAGACCAUGAAAAACUGCAAAAUUUGAAAAAACCUCAAACGAGUGAACCUCUUCAGAGUAUAAAUGAAAUAAUUAAAGACUCAAGGCGACAAAUGGAAACAAAGAAGCUUAAAAUUGUAAAAUUUCCUCUACCCAAAUUUGAAUAUGUUGGGGAUGUUUCGGAAGUAUCACCUAAUCCUUUCUUACCAGACAUUGAUUUUUUCGAAAACUUUGUUCCAGAUAAAGCAUAUCAGGGAACAAACAUUCCCAAAGAACAAUGGAAAAAUAUUUUAUCAAAAGAUCUUUCCUUAAAAAAAUCUUGUUUAUUUCCAGACGAGAUAAACGAGAAAGUAGUCAUUCUAGGUGAUACAGAUAAAUGGGAUGUACAAGUUUGGUCAAGUUUGCGAAGAAGGAUGAUUAAAAACGAAGCAGAAAAUAUUGUAGAUUCGUCACCUCUAGUAUCAAAUAUGUUGGAGGUUAUUAUACAAAUGAGGAAGUUGAAUAUGUCAAAAGAGCAGUGUACUACAUUUAUGGAGCAAAAGUUGAUAGAAAUAUGUUUAAGAGCCAAUGCAUUAACAGAGUUUCUAUUAACUACAGAUUUUUGUUCGAUGGAUGUUUUAUUGAAAACUUUGAAUCUAAACAUUGUGGAUAUACCACUUUUAAUGUCCGUUGGUUCUAAUAUUGAUCCACGGAUUUUACAAAAAUACGGGCUGAGCUAUCAAUGAGAUAUUUCUUUUUGUUUUUAUUGUUUCAUUAAUCUUAUAUAAACUUAAAUUUAUAUGAACUUGACUUAUUGCAUUAUAAUAAUUAGUUCAAUAAAAAAUUACCAAA